CAGAGGCUACUUCUUCACAGCAGUAUUUAGCAGUCUCUCAUGCUGGAGAUAUACAAUUCACCGUUGUAGGGUGUGUGUGGUGAACUGUCUGGAUUCUGUUCUUGUUUUGCCUACAGAAGAUACCUUACACUGAUAACAUCACGGGAUAUCGUUCUCUUUUUUUUUAUUAGAAUGCGGGAGAGAUCGAGAUGUAAGAUAGUCUUGCAUGCUGAGGAACCUACCAAGGGAUGCUGUCGCAAGAAGCACAUCUUCUCUUUGUGUUUGUCAUUUUGGAAACAUGCUGUGCAGUUUUGAACAAGCUUUACUGCACAAUGAAUGUGAAGACUGAAGACUGGAGCAGAGAGAAGUAACUUUUUCUGUUUAGGUUGGAGAGUAAUGCCAAAACGUUUGGAGGAAAUGUGGACAGAUAUAUGGGCUCCCUUGUUAUUUGUAUGGAUUAUGGUCCUUCCUUAUAUUUCCAUGGCUCCUGUCACCCAGUCCAAAAGUUUACAAACUGGGUCCAUUGUGGGUUUGCCUGGGACUGGUGAAGGAGAAAGAGUUUUGAGUCGUGCCAAGAGAGGAUGGGUUUGGAAUCAAAUGUUUGUGCUGGAGGAGUUUUCUGGACCGGACCCAAUUCUCGUUGGCAGGUUGCACACUGAUUUGGAUGCUGGAGCCAAAAACAUCAAGUACAUUCUGGCAGGUGAUGGAGCAGGAACCUUUUUUGUGAUCAAUGACAAGACAGGAGAUAUUCACGCCAUGAAGAGACUUGACCGGGAGGAAAAGGCUGAGUACACACUCACUGCACAGGCAAUCAAUAGGGACACCAACGAACCUCUGGAACCACCUUCAGAAUUCAUUAUCAAAGUUCAGGACAUUAAUGACAACGCUCCAGAGUUUCUCAACACACCGUAUCAUGCCACUGUUCUAGAGAUGUCUGAUGUGGGUACCUCUGUCACAAGAGUGACAGCUACAGAUGCGGAUGACCCUGUCUAUGGAAACAGUGCAAAGCUGGUCUACAGUAUUCUGGAAGGACAGCCUUACUUCUCCAUUGAGCCACACACUGCUAUUAUCAGAACCGCCCUGCCCAAUAUGGACCGUGAAGCGAGGGAGCAGUAUCUUGUUGUCAUUCAAGCUAAAGACAUGGGAGGUCACAUGGGUGGAUUGUCAGGAACUACGACCGUCACAAUAACGCUAACAGACGUCAAUGAUAACCCACCAAAAUUUUCACAGAGUCUUUAUCACUUCUCCAUCCCGGAGGACAUCGCCCUUAGCGAUGCCGUGGGAAGGGUGAAGGCAAAUGACCGUGAUGUUGGAGAAAAUGCCAGGUCAGCAUAUGACAUUAUCGAUGGAGAUGGAAUUGAUGCUUUUGAGAUAACGACAGAUCCACAAACUCAGGAAGGAAUUCUGAGACUGAAAAAGCCUCUGGACUUUGAGACCAAAAAAUCCUAUACGCUGAAGGUGGAGGCGUUCAACGUACAUAUUGAUCCUCACUUCCUCAGCAGGGGCCCCUUCAAGGAUACGGCGACAGUGAAGAUUGCAGUGGAAGAUUCAGAUGAACCUCCUGUCUUUGUAUCACCUACUUAUCUGCUGGAAGUACAUGAAAACUCUGCUAUUAACUCUGUUAUUGGUCAGGUGACUGCCCGUGACCCAGAUGUCUCAGCUAGUCCUAUAAGGUAUUCCAUCGAUCGACACACAGACCUUGAGAGGCAGUUCAACAUAAAUUCUGAAGAUGGGAAGAUAACCCUGGCGAAAGCACUCGACAGAGAGACAGACCCAUGGCACAACAUUACCGUGAUAGCCACAGAAAUCAGGAACUACAGUCAAAUAUCUCGUAGUUCUGUCGCCAUUAAGGUUCUUGACAUCAACGACAAUGCUCCUGAAUUUGCAUCAGAGUACGAAGCGUUCCUGUGUGAGAAUGGAAAACCAGGACAGGUAAUUCAAACCGUCAGUGCCAUUGACAAGGAUGACCCGAAAAAUGGACAUUUUUUCUUCUACAGUUUGGUGCCAGAAAUAUCUAACAAUCCCAACUUCACCAUCAAGAACAAUGAAGACAACUCUGUCAGCGUCCUUGCCAAGCAUAAUGGCUUCCGCCGGCAGAAGCAGGAGAUGUACUUUCUACCAAUCAUCGUCAGUGACAACGGCAACCCUCCAAUGAGCAGCACCAACACACUGACCAUCCGAGUGUGUGGCUGCAGCAGGGAGGGGGUUGUCCAGUCCUGCAACGUUGAGGCUUACGUUCUACCCAUUGGACUCAGUAUGGGAGCCUUAAUAGCUAUUUUAGCAUGCAUUAUCUUACUGUUAGUUAUCGUGGUGCUGUUUGUGACUUUGAGAAGACACAAAAACGAGCCUCUUAUAAUCAAAGAUGACGAAGACGUGCGAGAGAACAUCAUUCGUUAUGACGACGAGGGGGGCGGGGAAGAGGACACAGAAGCCUUUGACAUUGCCACUUUACAGAACCCAGAUGGCAUUAAUGGGUUUUUGCCUCGGAAGGAUAUCAAGCCAGAUCUCCAGUUUAUGCCAAGACAAGGACAGCACCCUGCCCCUAACGGCGUUGACGUUGAUGAAUUUAUAAAUGUACGGCUACAUGAAGCUGACAAUGAUCCCGCUGCACCUCCUUAUGACUCUAUACAAUUCUAUGGGUACGAAGGGAGGGGUUCAGUGGCUGGCUCACUAAGUUCACUAGAAUCAGCUUCAUCAGACUCUGACCAGAACUUUGACUACCUCAGAGAAUGGGGCCCACGGUUUAAAAGACUUGGGGAGCUUUACUCUGUGGGAGAGAUUGACAUGGAGACUUGACCGCGGAUUUACAAAAAAACAUCAGAUUAUGUCUACAAAAUUGUGUAUUAUUCUAGGGUUAUUAGAAGCGGCUAUAAAAAGGGCCGCCUUUUUUCUUAGUGAAAAGUAAAGAGAUCGUCAUCAGUCACAUCAAAUGCAUUGUAAUGUUGAGCCAAACUAAACAACGUCUUUGUUAGGAGGUUUAUGAUUCUUGUGCAGUGUGAAUUAGAUUCUGUCGAGUGUCUAGCAGUAUUUUGGGUAUUUGUUGUUCACUGUGACCACCAGAAACAUACAAAUCUGGAUUCUUGGUAGUCGCUUUAACAACCAAGAUGGAGGACUUAUAUUGUGCACAGCAUCUAUCGAUUGGGCCAUGAAGCUAUGUUGGGCUACGGUGCAUUUCCAUGGGUCCUGCUAAUGUGAAUAGUUCAAGUAUCAGAUCGCUAGCCAUCAUCCUGUCAAUAUGCCAGAAUACAAAAAAAAAAAAAAAAACAAGCAAUAUAUGGUCUUCAUUACAAUGUUGGAUAGCAGUAUGAUUAUAAAACCAUAAUGGCUUUUACUGAAAUUUAGUAUACUUCUUGAUGGAUACAUUUAUUAUGAACUGGAUAAGCCUGUUGGCUUGCUUUAUAAUUCUCAAUAUAUUCACAUGUUCUAAGUGUGUUCUCAAAGGAAAUAAUAAGAAAAUCAAGUUAUGACAGGGGUCUUCUUUUUACAGAAGAAAACACAAUUGUCUUCGACUCAUUUUGAAGACUUUUUUUUCCCCUUCAUACAAGAACUGUUAAUUUUUCUAUGUCAUUUCUGGCUGUUCUUUUGUGCAUCUGAGUAUUAAAUAGGUGUCAUCUUUUAAAUUUCUUUGUCGCUGAUUCAAGCCAUCUAUUUUAUUGAAGCAAAAGCAACGUUUCAGAAAGUUAAUGCAGUAAUAUGCAGAAAACUAGAACUAUAUUAAAACUGUAAAAUAAAGAUGGUAUCUAAGUGAUUUAGAAAGAUGUGAAUAGUUAAAUUGUUAUAUCUAAAAUAUUCAUUUGGCAGAGUUACCAAUAAUACUUUAAGCACAAUAGCUGGAUGAGCUAUAUGACUGGUAACAUUUCACAAGGAAAUGAGAAAAUCUAAAUCACUUGCUUAUUGUGCUACAUUGUAUAUUAUAUAAUUAUCCAUAUAUACAUGUACUGCUAACUUUCUUAGCUUUUCAUUAAAACAACAGCACUAAAGCUACAUGCAUACUCAAUUUGUAAACAAUAUAUGACAGUUCUCAGUAGAUACUAUAUAUUAAAUAGGCUUACAUGCAAAUCAUAUUUUCUACUGUGCUUUUAUGCUAUAAACUUGUAUGUUUAACUAUUUACUCAGUGUAUCGUAAAUCAGAGA